GAGGGGAUCCUGGCUGGGGAGCUGAAGCACGGGCCCCUGGCCCUGGUGGACAAGCUGAUGCCUGUGAUCAUGAUCAUCAUGAGAGACCACACCUAUGCCAAGUGCCAGAACGCCCUGCAGCAGGUCAUUGCACGGCAGGGCCGGCCCGUGGUGAUCUGCGACAAGGAGGACAUCGAGACCAUCAAGAACAACAAGAGGACGAUCAAAGUGCCCCACUCGGUGGAUUGCCUGCAGGGCAUCCUGAGCGUCAUCCCCCUGCAGCUGCUGGCCUUCCACCUGGCCGUGCUGCGCGGCUACGACGUUGAUUUUCCAAGAAAUCUGGCCAAGUCCGUAACUGUAGAGUGAAAGAUCAUCUGACUCAUAGGGGCAAAGGGGAAUUAAAUGAAAAGACUUUUUUUGGUACCAAAAUAACUCGAUUUUAAAGCCCCCUAGGUAAAUCUUAUUUUGGUAAA